CCCCGCCCCCGAUUAUUCAGAGCAAGUGCCCCUCCUGAAGUGAAGCGUCUAGGUAGAUAAUACAGUACCACGUUACGCAUCAGCAAAAGUACCCCCAGCAUCAAGCUUGAGUCCUUGCCCUAUCAAUCAAGAAGGUAUCUGCGAGUAUUCUCAUCUCCCUUGCUUGCUUCCCGCAAAAUCCCUCGAUCAAACUCUGUGUCACAGAGCAGUUCUUCGCAAACACAAACCAAAGCCCUCAAUCACCAUGGAUUCUUUCGAGGCCAAACUAAGCCAAGCAACGGCAUCCAACGACGGGAAGGGUAUUCUAGGCGCGAUAGGCUUAGUAGUUGGUACCAAAGGUGACGUGCUAUAUCAUCACGCAUCAGGUCGUCAAUCUUUGGACACGGAUGCUUUGCCGCUGGAUCCCAAUAGCACUGUUGCCCUUGCAUCUGCUGGGAAAUUCAUCACUCAUAUCGCAGCCCUACAUCUUGUCGAGCAAGGGAAAAUCAGUCUGGACGAGCCCGUCUAUAAUCACCUUCCUGAGCUUGGAGAUCUCCCUCUAGUAACUCGUGCUCAUGCGUCUAGCGACCAGCCGCUUCUGAUCCGCAGACCCGCUAAUAAUAUAACGCUCCGUCACCUACUUCUUCAUACCAGCGGCCUUUCUGACCCUGAUGUGCCCCUGGUGGCAGAGUACCUGGCCUCAGAUACCAUCGAGAAACCGAAUGUUGAUGAGGGUGCACAUCCGAUCGUCAAGCAUUUCUCCAUUCCUCUCAUCUUCGAGCCUGGUGAGGGUUUUGCAUACGGACAUAGCAUCCACUGGACUCAAUUACUCGUCAAUCGGCUCAGUGACGGCGGCUUUGGCAAAAGCAUUAAAGAGCACAUAUUCUCACCUCUGGCCAUGAGUUCGUCUACCUACGCACCGCAAGCCAAUUCGGACAUCUGGAACAGACGUCUGAGGAUGGUGGAACGGGACAGCGACAGCCUUAUACCAGCAGAUGACGCAUCACGAGGCUUGACAUGCAGUAUCUCAGACGUCGGUGCAAUUUUGAGCGAUCUAGUCUCGCCGUGCCCAAAGCUACUCAAACAAAAAUCACACAUCGACCUCCUUUUCAUCGGGCAGUUCGUCCCAUCCAGUGCGUCGAUGAAUGAUCUGCGUGGCAACCCUGAGAAUUACGGUUUCUGUGCGGGAACACCCUCAGCUGGGAGCGGAGCCCCAUUACUGAAUUGGAGCGCGGCUGGUCUGGUUGUGGAGGAGGAAAAGCUGCCGCUAUCGCGGAUGCCCAAGGGCACUGUCACGUGGGAGGGAAUGCCGAAUGUCCUCUGGGCAAUGAACCGGGAAAGGGGUUUGGCAACGUUCUUCGCGACGCAAUUGAUCCCGGUGGGCGACAAGCUUGCGAACGAGCUCGCAUUGGAAUUCAUGAGUGGUGCUUGGAGCAAGUUUGGAUAGGAUUGUAUUAUACUUAUGCUGGACCCUCCUGGGUAUAAGGCUAAAAGACCUAUAAUUGUGAUUUUAUAACUGGUUUUUUAUUUAAUUAUAUUAUAUUAUUGCAA